GCGCAGCAGAAGUCAGAAGCUGAGGAUCGACACCGAGCGGAGGUGACCGGCGCACGACGGCUGUUGUAGAGCCGAUCUCAAGACCUGUGUGUGCGUGUGUGUGUGUGUGUGUGUGUGUCGGACGUCCCGGACCGGUGACGGCUUCUGGACGUGCUCCGGAUACUUUUUCUCUGAGAGAGAUGAAAGGUCUUGAAAAGGUCACAGCAGCUGAUCCCGACUCCGCAGAGGGCACCGACAAACGGGGAGACAGAGCUGCUCUCUAUUCCUAACCGCCGCCGCCGACCGGACACCAGUCUUGGAAUCUCAAAUGGAGACCGUCACCUGUUCAGUUGGCUGAGUGAGGGAGGGAGUUUGUUUUUUUUUAUCCCUCCCCGGUCUGGCUUGACCUCCACCAUGGCAGGGGAUCUGUACAGCCCGCCGUCCCCGCUGGGGGAUUCCCUCCUGGACAGUCCUCUGUGUGGGGACCUGAUGGAGGACCUCCGCGACAUCUCCCAGUCGAUGGGGGACAACGGGCUGGGAUUCGACUUCCCAGAGUACCAGAGCACCGGCUCGGGGUCGGAGAGCUCCACCGCACUGGACACCUUGACCCCGGCCUCCAGUCCGUCGUCGGGGGGCUGCGGGGCCGCACCGGGGCCCGAGGAGAGCCUCAGCCUGGGGUGCAGGGUGUGCACGGACAAGGCCUCAGGCUUCCACUACGGGGUGCACGCAUGCGAGGGCUGCAAGGGUUUCUUCAGGAGGACCAUCCGGUUGAAGCUGGAGUACGACAAGUGUGAACGCAACUGCAAAAUCCAGAAGAAGAACCGCAACAAGUGCCAGUACUGCCGCUUCCACAAGUGCCUCUCCGUGGGCAUGUCCCACAACGCCAUUCGGUUCGGUCGGAUGCCGCAGGCGGAGAAGCUGAAGCUCAAGGCGGAGAGCAAGAUGGUGGAGGCGGAAGUGGAGAGCCCCAUGCUGGCCGACCACAAGGUUCUGGUCAGGCAGAUCCACGAGGCCUACAUGAAGAACUUCACCAUGAACAAGGCGAAAGCGCGGCUCAUACUCACCGGGAAGACCAGCAACCCGCAGCCUUUCAUCAUUCACGACAUGGAGACGUUCCAGCUGGCGGAGAGGACGUUGGUGGCCCACAUGCUGAACGGCGACUAUCCAGAGCCUGAGAGCGGCCUUCAGUCGGGGCCCGACGUCCUCGGCGUGGGGUGUGGCGAGCUCCAGCAGAGGGAGGCCGAAGCGAGGCUCUUCCACUGCUGCCAGAGCACCUCGGUGGAGACGGUCACCGAGCUGACGGAGUUCGCCAAGGCGGUGCCGGGCUUCCAGGGCCUGGAUCUGAACGAUCAGGUGACCCUGUUAAAGUACGGUGUCUACGAGGCCAUCUUCACCCUCCUGGCCUCCUGCAUGAACAAAGAUGGCCUGCUGGUGGCCCGCGGCGGGGGCUUCAUCACGCGCGAAUUCCUCAAAAGCCUCCGGCGCCCGUUCAGCGAAAUGAUGGAGCCCAAGUUCCAGUUCGCCACACGCUUCAACUCCCUGGAGCUGGACGACAGUGACCUGGCCCUUUUCGUGGCCGCCAUAAUCUGCUGCGGAGACCGCCCAGGCCUGGUGGACGUGCCUCUGGUAGAGCAGCUGCAGGAGGGCAUCGUUCAGGCGCUGCAGCACCACCUGCUGGCCAACCACCCUGAUAACACCUUCCUCUUUCCCAGGCUCCUGCAGAAGCUGGCCGACCUCCGGGAGCUGGUCACCGAGCACGCCCAGCUGGUGCAGGACAUCAAGACGACCGAGGACACGUCGCUGCACCCUCUCCUGCAGGAGAUAUACAGGGACAUGUACUGAGAAGAUGGCACGUUGAAAUGUCCCAAAACUUGAUUAUGGAUUCCGUAAACAACAUGAACUGAUGCUAUCUGUCGUAUCAAUUGUACUGUAAGCGACUCAUUGUGCAGCUUCGGUGGAUGUGCACCGCCGUGACCAAGUGACUCUAAAUCUGGAACAAAACAAGAGUGAAGUUCUUUCCAGGCGGUGGGUCCUGCAAGGGGUGUGCGCUGCCAUACAGGGGGGGGACAUGCUUUCUGAACUUGCAUCACAGAUGGGUAGAGAUAUGUUUUCUUCAGUCUAUAUAUAUAUCGAUUUGAAACUAUUUGCUUUGGAAUCGGAUGCUGGAUGCCAACCUCUACCUAACAGACAUGCACACACUGAUUAUACUAAUUGUGCCUUUCAACAUGAAAGCCAAUGUUUUUAAUUUUUGUGCUAAAGGGGCUAAAUAUUUGAAUGUGAUCAUAAUUACAUUCAUGUCCUUUUUAUUGUAAACUAGUGCCUUAUUGAUAUCAGCCAAACUUCCCUCAACAAUCUUGAGAUUGUGUUUUGAAGAAAGUUUUCAACAGCAGAGUAGUUUCACCUCUAUUUUGACCACCCCAUAACAAAUACACAAUAAAGAGUUGUCUCAUAUGUCUCACAAAGUAAAAUAUUUAAAAUAUUGUACUUUUGUAUAUUUAUUGAAUCCUUACCUGCUGCUAGAACCAGCACAACAUGAUCACUCACUUUGAACCCUUUUUUUUAACAGAUCUUGUGCAUGUGCAAAAUGUUCAGUUCAGAUUCUGACACCGUUUUUCCCUUAAAGGGGGGAAAAAAACAAAAAAAAAACUGCGGCCAGUAUUUCAUAUUUUGACCACAAACCUAACACUCUGUUAAGCUGGUUGGUGUUUUAUUUUGUAAAUACGACAGGAAUUCUGGUGACCACAGUGAAAGGGACGUAUGCAUGUACAGACGUCAACACAGACCUCAUGGAAGAGCUGAUUGCCUUGUUUUUCUCUACUAACAGUAUACGUCACCUCCCAAUGCCAUACUAAAACAUUGUUCCUUGCCAUUAUUAAACUGUUAAUAUUUUUUAAACAUGUAAAGUAGAGUGUUCAAUAUGAAAAUGUAUUUGCUGUUUUAAAAAAAAAGGAGUAAUGUUAAGAUGGUAGCCAAAAAUAAACUACUAUAUUUAAUAGACUGCC